AUGGAGGACAAAGUUUGAGCCCAGUCCCUACUUUUGUGCCUUUACUCAGUUUUUCUGGUGCUGGGAGGGGCCUUGCCCAAGGAAUAAACCAAUUGCAUAGGAUUGUCAUUCUAGAUCAUUCUCACUCAGCCUGUGGUUCGAGACCCUUUGGUGUAUGGAAUGGCCCUUACCCAGGACCAUCAGAAAACACAGAUAUUUAUAUUACAGUUCACAACAGUAGGGGCUGGAGAGAUGGCUCAGUGGUUAAGAGCACCACCUGCCCUUCCAAAGGUCCUGAGUUCAAUUCCCAGGAACCACAACAAUUCGUGGCUCACAACCAUCUGUAAUGAGAUCUGGUGCCCUCUUCUGGUCUGCAGGCAGAGUACUGAGAAUACUGUAUACAUAAUAAAUAAAUCUAAAAAAAAAUUCACAACAGUAGCAAAAUUACAGUUCGGAAGUAGCAUUGAAAAUAAUUUUAUGGUUGGGGAUCACCACAAAAUGAGGAAUGUAUUAAAGGGCCAUAGCGUUAGGAAGGUUGAGAACGACUGUUCCUGCUAGAGCUUGGAGCCUUCAGGUUUGGGGAUCAAGGUGUUUAGUUAGUGAGCCCUACCCUGGGCUAUCUCAGAAAGGGUGACCCGGGACAUCUGCUGAGGGCAAUGGCAGGUAGAACUCUGGCCCUGUGUGAGGUGAGGCUUGGUUGCCAGGUGACUGUCCCAGGGCAGCCCCCCACUGUCUCUGCCUGCUGUGCUCACUCAGCAAUAGCCACCCCGAUAGCGCUUUUCCCCUUGCCACCAUGUCGAGGCAGCUCAACAUGGACACCCUGCGGCAAAACUUCUGGAAGGAGGAAUACCUCAGAGAGAUGAAGUUGCGCUGUGAAUGGCACCGCAAGUAUGGGGCUCUGGUGAAGGCCAAACAGAAGGCUAAAGCCGCAGCUCGCCUGCCCCUCAAACUCCCCACCCUGAUGCCUACGGCCCCAGACUCACCACCACCUGUCUCCAAAGCAACCCCUUCUAAGGCCCCCAGCCCUGUCCCAGAGGCUCCUUCACAGUCAGAAAUGUACCCAGUCCCACCUGACACCAAAGCCCUGCUCUAUGAAGGCAUCUCCCACGACUUGCAGGGACGCUACCAGUAUCUCAAUGCCCGAAAGCUGGACCUGCCAGAGACGCGUUACCUGUUCCCCAUCACCACCAACUUCACAUAUGGCUGGCAGCUGGGCCCCCCAAUAAAGCAGGAAUUGGUCUCCUGCAAGAUGUGCCGCAUUGAGUCGUUCUUCCGUAAGAAUGGAGCCUUUGCAUUACUGGACCCCCGGGACCUGGCCCUCUGACCUUGGGCCAGGCAGCGACAGAAGAGCAGAAAGAGGAAAUAAUAGGAUUUUGGUGGAGCUGCAUUGCUGUGUGUGUGUGUUUGUUCUCCCUGGCCUUGAUGCUUCCGUUGGAACCUUUCUGAAACUG